AUGACUGACCCCAAAACAUUUCAUCUAUGCUUCAUAACAAUCACAUUUCUCAUCAUGUUUUUUCUUCCACAUUUCUCAUCCAUGGAAGCCAACAAUGGAAGAUUUAGCCUUAAACUGAUUCGAAAAAACACUCCACAUGUUUUUCCUCGACGUGAUCUUAUGAAAUCAUCUAACGCAAAAACAACAGAAGCCCAAAUAAACGCAUAUCUUGGUCAACAUCUCUUGGAGCUAUCUAUUGGAACUCCACCAGUAACCAUCUAUGGUAUUGCAGACACAGGGAGUGACCUUAUAUGGACACAAUGUGUACCAUGUCCCAAUUGUUACAAGCAACUUAACCCCUUGUUUGAUCCUCGUAAGUCCUCCACUUAUAACCAAGUAUCAUGUGAAUCGGAGCAAUGUCAUAAAUUGGAGACAAGUGUAUGUUCUACUAAUCAUAAGCGUUGCAAUUACACCUACGGUUAUGGAGACUCUUCUUUAACACAAGGAGUUAUAGCACAAGAAACAAUCACCUUGAUCUCAAACACAGGUCAACCUGUUUCCCUUAGAGGCAUUAUCUUUGGUUGUGGCCAUAAUGACACAGGUACUUUCAAUGAUCAUGAGAUGGGUAUCAUAGGUCUAGGAGGAGGGCCAAUGUCACUCAUUUCUCAAAUAGGUUCUUUAGUUGGAGGCAAGAGAUUUUCACAAUGCUUGUUACCAUUCAAAAGUGACACUAAGGUUUCAAGUAAAAUGAGUUUUGGCGUAGGGAGUGAAGUGUUAGGUCAAGGAGUAGUUUCUACACCUUUGGUUGCUAAACAAGAUAAGACCCCAUAUUUUGUUACCUUACUAGGCAUUAGUGUGGGAAAUACCUAUUUACAUUUUAACAGUUCUGCAGGGAGUGUUGCUAAGGGUAACAUGUUCAUUGAUUCAGGAACACCUCCAACUAUUAUACCUCAACAAUUGUAUGAUAGUUUGGUGGCUUUGGUGAAGAGCCAGGUUGCAUUGAAGCCCAUUGUGGAUGAUCCGCAAUUGGGUAACCAACUGUGCUACCGAACGACAAAAAAUCUUGGUGGGCCUAUUAUAAAGGCUCAUUUUGAAAAUGCAGAUUUAGAAUUAACGCCAAUUCAAACCUUUAUUCCACCAAAAGAUGGCGUUUUCUGCCUGGCAUUUACCAACACUAGUAGUGAUGUGGGGGUUUAUGGUAACUUUGCACAAUCAAAUUAUUUAAUUGGGUUUGAUCUAGAUAGACAAGUGGUCUCUUUCAAGCCAAUGGAUUGCACCAAACAGUAA